AUGUGUGCGAUAGAGGAGCCAUGGUUGUUUUCCAAUAUAGUCACCACAUUGGAAAUGAUCGAAUCUUCUCACAAUGUGCAACUGAUGUCCGCGGUGAGUGGCGAGCCGAUGCUGCGCCGUGUGAAGCAGGAGACAGAGCCACCGCCACAUUACUCGCCACCAGAACCCCAGCCACCUCAUCCACAGCCGCUGCACCCUCGCACUAUGCCCAUGAUGCAGCCCGAGUUGGAAUUGGAGAGUAAGGAGGACGUCAAAUUCUGCGUGUCUCCCGGAGACGGAACUAUUGUGGGCAACACAAGCCCUGAACAGCAGCACUGUUCCUCAACCACUGCUGCUGCAGCCAGUGGAGCAAGGGAUGAUGAGGCACCAAGGAGGGUCUGCCUCGUCUGCGGAGACACUGCCUCAGGGUUCCACUACGGAGUUGCCAGCUGUGAGGCCUGCAAAGCGUUUUUCAAGAGGACUAUUCAGGGCAACAUAGAAUACACGUGUCCUGCGUCAAAUGAGUGUGAGAUCAACAAGAGGCGGCGAAAGGCGUGCCAAGCAUGUCGGUUCCGCAAGUGUUUGCGCACGGGCAUGCUGCGGGAGGGGGUGAGGCUCGACCGCGUGAGGGGGGGACGGCAGAAGUACAGGAGGGCACCUGACGCACCCGCCCUAGCUCAGCCCAGGCCACAACUUGAUGAUAUUAAGGUCUUAGAAGCUCUGAAUUCAUACGAGCCGGAGUUGCUGACAUGCUCAGCGGUUCCAGCGAGUGUCACGGACCCCACAGCCAAGACCCUGGCGAUGUUAGCAGACUUAUAUGACAAGGAACUGGUCGGAGUCAUCGGAUGGGCCAAGCAGAUCCCUGGGUUCACUGAACUACAACUUAAUGAUCAGAUGCGUCUCCUCCAAAGCACAUGGGCGGAGAUGUUGUCCCUGAUGUUGGCAUACCGGUCCAUGUCCGGCGGCAGUCCACUGCGGCUUCGUUUCGCCACAGACCUCGCUCUAGAUGAGCAGCAGGCCAGGGAGAUUGGGGCACAUGAUUUGUUCACACAGAUAGCAGGCGUGGCGAAGAGGUUGGAGCGUGCAGCAGCGUUGCGCGAGGAGUGCUAUUUACUGAAGGCGCUCGCUCUCGCCAACUCUGAAGCAAGGAUCGACGAGCACGCCGCACUGCGCCGGUUCAGGGACUCUAUACUCGCCGCGCUUAAUGAUGCUGUGUCUGCACUCAGGCCUUACAACGGUAACUCGGCCCUGCAACAGCUGCUGCUCGUCCUGCCGGCGCUGCGGCUGGCCGACGUGGCCGUGCGCCGCUUCUGGGCCGGGGUACACCGGGAGCGACGCGCGCCAAUGAACAAACUGUUCGUGGAGAUGCUGGAGGCAUGUCUGCGGUAG